AUGAGUGAAUGUACAGUUAAUGUAGAUGCAUUGUUGCCAGAUUCAGAAUUGGCAUCAAUAGUAUUUUUGAUACAACAAUAUGGACAGAGUCAGUUGCCACAAGAUCAAAGCAUAUGUAGUGAGCUUGACGUUGUAUGUGAACAUGAUUCAGUCACUGGGUUGGAUCAUUUGCAACAAAUACAUUUAAAAGACACUUUUACAGGAUCAUCUACAUUUCCAAAUGCAUCGAUUGAACUUGACUUACCUUUGUUACGCUCUCUAUCAAUGGUUGAUAUUGGUGCCACCAAGAAUACAAGUAUCAACAUAUUGUCAAAAAUACGUAAUUUGAAAACCCUCGCUUCUUUAGUUAUUAUGGUACCUAAUUCCCUAUUGAUUGAUUACUUAUCUACUUUUUUUUACACCUUUACACACUAUAGCAUAUCAGGUGAUGGGACGAUCAGUCCAAUACCAUCAGAUUUCCCAACAAAUAUGUUUGGUUUAUCAGAUAUUUUUUUGGUUGACCCGAUCGGACCACAAUCAAUUGACAUUGUUGAAAAGUCAUUCCCAUCGGUAUAUUCAGUAGAACUAGAUAUUUUUUCAGACUUUGAUAUCGAUUUGGGGUUAGACAGUACAGCUUUGUACAAUGUAGAUAUAGCAAGACGUUCUCAAGUUGGGAGAUUGAACCUAACAUUUGGUAAUAAUAGUAAUCUUAUUCAACUUUUUUUAACAGGAUCUAUUCUGCUCUCUGGUAACUCAGAUCUCAAAGAUUUGCAACACCUAUUUACAAUUGAGACAUCUGUUGGUCAAAUGACAACAUACCCAUUUACAGCUUUUCCUCCGGCACUGGGUAAACUUCUAAUUCGAAAUGCCAGUUUUGAAGUAAUGCCAUCAUUACAAAUUCCAUCAAAUCUGACCAUCCUAGAAAUAUCAUCGAGUCAAUUGACAGGUAGCAUUGUAUCCAAUUAUCUUUUUGAAAAUGUGAUGCCUGGAUUCAACUUGAAUCUUGCAUAUAACCCAGGUCUAACAAUAGCUAUUCCAGAGGAAUGGUGUCAGUUUGUAUCCCUCAAUUUGUUGGGUACCAACAUUGCAAGUGCACCAGACUGUUUUUAUUGCUACUAUAAUGUAACAAAUCCAAAAAUACAACUAUCAUUAACAAUUCCACCUAACCUUGUGUGUAAUGUAACAUUUAAAAGUAUGUUUUUAAUUGCAUACUAUGGAUACAUUGCAGUAGAGGGAGAACUCUUGGGGUGGGGUAUUCCUCAGGCUAGUGGUGUGGGUGUUCCAAACAAACGUAUCGUCUAUGAUAUCGGCAGAAAUGUUGUUGGGCCACCAAUGCCAUUUAAUAUCACUUUUGUUGGACAAAAUUAUACAUUUUCAGUUUUAGAGGCUGGUGUUUUAGCUAUACGAUCAUCUGUUGUUCUCAAGAGCAGUGGUGAUGUCAACGAGAUUGUCAUUCAACUUUUUACCAUUAACAAUUAUUUGACUCACAAUGUGACACUUGUCGAUCGUAACAAUGCUACUUGUACCGUGAAAAACAUAACCGCCAGCACCAUUACUUGUACAAUUCCAAAAUCGAUCCAACUAUCACCUUCCUAUACCGUACUAGUCGCCAAUGAAUAUGAUGCCACUACUCUCCGUAGUACAUUUGAUUAUCCAACGGUAACAUCAGUAUCAUAUACCGCAAGUAGUAGAACAUUAGUAUUGUAUGGAUUUUAUGGAAGUCCUAUUACUCCACCUCUUACAAUUACUGUGGCUGAUACUAUUGAUUGUUCGGGAAGUGCAUCAUCUUUAAGGAUCACUUGUAUACUUGCAUCGGUACCUCCUGCAGGUCCUGCCAAUCUUUACAUUUCUCUUGGUGGUUUGGAAUUCAAGUCUUCAACUCUACUCUAUUUUAAUAGUUCAAAUAGUGGUAAUAAUGGUACAACUACAACAGGUUCAACAACUACUGGAACCACAUCUACUACCACUGGAGGAAAUAAUGGAGAAACACCUCAAGAAAAAUGUACAAGAUUAACUUUUGAUUGUUAUGGUCAUGGACAAUGUGAUAUUAAUGGUCAAUGUCAAUGUGAUGAAACUUAUAAUCAAAUUGAUAAUUGUUUAACAAAAUAUAUAAAUACAAAUAUAACACCCAAUGCAACCAAUCCAACAGUAUCAUUUGAUAUUGAUGGUAUAGAUUUUCAAUUUGAAAUUAAUUCAAUUCAAGAAUUGGAUUAUGAUAGUUCGUCAGUAUUGCAAGAGAUUUUAUUAUUGAACCAACCAUGGAAUGUUUCAGUUUCAUCAGAUAAUAUUACAACUACCGCCGACUAUACUCUCAACACUACUCAAAUUGUUGCCAACAAUUCAUUGUUUAGUAGCUUGGUUGUAGAGAGUCAAGUUUCAUUCUCAUCGAUUGCUAGAACCAUUCCAUUUGGUAAUCGUAAUUUGGACCUAGCACCCAAUUCAAUCAAGGUUGGUUUUACAAUUGGUAAUUGGUCAUACACUUCAAACCUUGCAACACUUCGAGUUGUCUUCAAAUCAAUCAUCAACAAUGAUCAAUCAGUCACAUUUGAUUGUGAAAAACAAUCAAUUAAUAGUUUUACAAAGGACGAAUUAUCAGAAUCAAUUCAAUACCUAAGAGUUGUCAAAGAUAAUAUCCAAUUCAGUGGAAGAUUUAUUGAUUUUGUUGUAUCGGAUGGUAGAGUAACCUAUUCAAAAACAGAAUUAAUAUCAUCUACUCCAAUUGACAAUUCAGAUGAUCAGUCAAUUGCAUUGAUUGGAAUCAACCUACCUCAAUGUUCAUCGUGCCAAUUAGAUCCAGACUUUACGCCAUUGUUGAUCGAUAAGGGAGGUGACAGUGGGUGCAAAGAGUCACAAUCAAACACUUGGAAAAUCAUUGUCGGAGUAGUGGUUGGUGGAGUCGCUUUGAUUGCCAUUGCUGUCGGCUCUAUUAUUCUCAUUAAAAAGAAAUCUAUAGCCCAAACCUAUGAAAAUCGACUCAGUUCACUAAAUAAAUCAAGAGAUUAA